UCAUUCCGUCAUGCCACGUUCCAGGCCACCCUUAACCCGUGGUUUCCCAACCUUCUACCCUUGAAAGUGCACUGGAACAGCAGUCAGACCUGUGACUUCCCACCCGUAAACUGGUACUAGAUCGAUGCACUCCCAGUUCCGAGCUCUGACGUCACAUAGCUCGCGAAACAACAAUGACAGUCCCUACGGAUAAUGCAAGAGGACGUUUGGCGUGACUUGGCUGGAACGCUACAAAGUCUUUGAUCGUGGUUUGAAGUCGUGACUUACAGUUUCAAAAACUGCCUGGAACGCAGAAUCGGAGAAAGAAGCAGUUGAACAAACAGUGUUUUUCGACACAUUGAUUGGUUACAUUGAAGACUACAAACCACAAAUCCAGAGUCAUGGCAUUUUCUACUGAAAGACAAAAAAAGGAAUCAAGUUUGUACAAAUUUCAUGCAAUCAUCAAAGAAAGUAGUGUAAUUGAGGAGGGGACUCCUACUCGAUAUCAUCUGAAACCCAGGACAGACUCUCGUGAUCCAUCUAAACCAUACAUAAAAGUUACCUUUGGGGAGAGAGACACAAAGAAACUCCAUAAAACCCUUCUGCUGGUGGGAGGAACAGGAACAGGGAAAACAAAACUAAUCGAUGUGAUGAUCAACUACAUGUUGGGUGUUCAGAGAGAAGACAAGGUUUGGUUUGAGAUCACAGAUGAUCAGAGCUACUACUCACAAGUUCAUACUCAGACCACCGGUAUCACUGUUUAUGAGUUUUAUCUACACGAGAGUCCAAUCCAUUUAACAAUCAUCGACACUCCAGGAUAUGGAGACACACAUGGAGUUGAGAAAGAUAAAGAGAUUGCUGAGAGUUUGCUCAGUUUAAGUAAAUCUGCUGAAGGUAUUCAUAAAAUACAUGCAGUGUGUCUGGUGAUUAAAGCAACCCAGACUCGAAUAUCUGAAAGAGAAUUAUACAUACUUGAUGCUGUUCAGUCUUUAUUUGGAAGAGAUAUUGCUGAGAACAUCAUCUUGCUCCUCACACACUCACGUGGAACUAUCCCUAAAAAUAUUCUGACAGCUGUUAAAGAGGCUAAAAUCAAGUGUGCAGUAAAUCAGCAGAAUGAGCCUGUGUACUUCCUGUUUGACAACUGUCAGACAGAACCUGCUGAUGAAACUAAUGAAAUGCUGAAACAAUCAUGGAACCUAACUUCCACAGAAAUUACAGGAUUUUUCAAAUUGCUUGAAAACAUAAAAGCAAAAUCACUGAAGAUGACUCAAGGUGUUUUGGAGAAAAGGAAGCAGUUGGAGACAAAAAUCUCUGAUCUACAAUCACUUAUUCAAAAGAUUGACACAAAACAAAAUGAGCUGAAACAAGCUCAGGAAGCUCUGGAGCAAAACAAGAAAGAUGCUGAAGAAAACCAGAACUUUGAGUAUGAAGUUGAAGUGGUCUACAUAGAGAAGGUUGAUAUUGAUCGUUCUGUAGCCAGUGUGGCGAUGUGCUGCACCAUCUGUGAAGAAAACUGUCAUUAUCCAGGAUGCUGGUGGUGCUGUGGUCUCUCAUGGUGUAAAGUCAUGAAGAAUAAUUACUGUACAGUGUGUACUAAUAAAUGCCACUACAGCAAACAUGUCAAAGAAGCAAAAAUAUAUGAAACAAAGAUGAAGAGGGAAAAAAUGACAGAUGAAGAUUUAAAAAUGAAAUAUAAUGACAGUAUAAUCAAAAUUAAGGAAGGUGAGUCUGUGGUCAAGAAGCUGGAAGAAGAACUACAAAUUUUAGAGAUUGAGAAAGUAAUAUUUGUGAUGGAAGCUUAUCACUGUGUGGAUAUUCUGGACUGGAUCGCACUGAACACUGAUUCUGUGUUCACACUUCAGCAUGUUGAAUUUCUGAUUGAGAAGCUGAAGGAAAUCUGUAAGUCUGAAAAGGCUAAAACACUGGAAAAGAAAAAAAAGAGAGCAAGAGAAGAAAAAAACAAAGUGCUUAAAUACAUGAAAACAUGUUAAAUCAGAUAUAGUGAGCUCUGAAGGUGUCUUUCUGUGAUAUAAUGCUACAUAUAUUAUCAUUGUAUUCAUGAAAGCAGUGUUCAUAUACAUAAUUUGUAAGAGUGACUAAAGCCUUGCUAAAUAUAA